CAUACUCAGUUCAGCUUUAGCGUGAUCACAUAGAAAUGAGCGCCAUUAAAACCUAUUUUAAAGAAGAAUGUCGUUUGCUAAUGUUAAGUUUAGAACACCCUAAGAGUUCAGAUUUUUACAUCAGUGUUUGGCAAUCCACCCGGUCUCCUCUACCACUCUUGAUAUGGCGAACGCUGUUGUUUCUAGCAUCAUUGGGCAUAUUUAUAACUUCAAUUACUUUUUACAUAGUUAGCCCCAUAUCUGUCGGUUACUGGUUUAUAUAUCUGACUCAUUGGGGCCUCACCCUGAUGCUAUUUGCUACCGGAUCAGGAGCAGCAAUCUCUGCACGCUGUUACUUCGCUGGACCAAUAAGCGCCGAAUUUUGUUUGCCCUGGUAUGUGAAGACGUUUUGGGUUCUACAUAAUGUAUCUGUUCCCUUGGCUUUCCUAAUCACAAUAUUUUACUGGACGAUACUUUAUAGUGAGGACUUCCUGGAGGAGUUGAACGCCGCUUUGGAUAUCGCUAUACACGGAAUCAACUCCCUUAUUAUGUUCCUGCUUCUUGUAACUUCUUCUCACCCCAUCCGCUUCUUACAUCUAUUACAUCCUUUUGCAUUCGCGUUUACCUACGUGUUCUUCAGCAUCGUAUAUUAUCUCGCUGGCGGCACCGGUCCGUCGGGUGAACCUUAUAUAUAUCCCGUUGUACAUUGGGGUGAGCCGGGAAUAGCCAUUGUUGUCGUGGUAGUAACGGGGCUGAUGCUUAUUUUCCUGCAUUUCAUAACCAUCGGCCUGGGUGCGGCCCGGGACGCUAUUGCAGACCGUCUCAUCAGGCCCUCGGUUACAGUCCACGUGGAUGAAGGCGUCGCACUCCGAAGCCCUAACCCACAAAAUACAGCAGUCUGACGUACAAA